AUGGUGGAGGCAAAUAGCCACCUCAAGCAAUGUAGCGAUGUGAUACAGAUGAUCAAGGUAUAUUCCUGGAGUAAGAGAAGCAGCAUACUAGGGAUAAGUUACAAUCUGUAUGAGAAGCUUGCUGUACGAAAUAGGAAAGGCACAAAGGAUCCAGUGAAGAAGGCAAAGAUUGAAAAGGAAUAUGAAGAGAUGAGAAAGAUUCUUCUCGAUUUUCCAGGUGUAGCGGUUCUUGACAAAGGGCACACGCCACGAAACCGGAGGAGCAGCAUUUGGAAUCUUCUACUGAAACCUUGGACUGAGAAGAGGAUCAUCCUCUCGGGUACCCCUUUCCAGAAUAACUUUCUAGAGCUCUAUAACACCUUGUGCUUAGUGAGACCCACAACAGCCAACGAACUCCCCCUGAGUCUCAAGAAAUUCUGCCAGACAAGAACAACAGUGUGGAAAAGAGCUAAAACAGAUGAUACCAAUUCCCUUGUUCAGCCACAUGACAAAGUGGCUGAUGAUGCAAUUGUGAAUCUCUGGUCUAUCAUGGCUCCAUUUGUUCAUGUUCACAAAGGGAGCAUUCUUAAACAGAAUUGGGAUAGGCAGAAGGAGAUAGUCAAGAACAUUCAAAGAUCUCAAUGCACAUUUGAGUAUGAGUUCAAGCUGUCUUUGGCUUGCAUUCACCCUUCUCUGAUCUUAAGCUGCAAUGCAUAUGCGAAUGAAAGACUUGUCAUCUGUCAUGAGCGUCAGAAGCUUGAAGAUCUAAAGACUCACACAGAUGCCGGGAUAAAGACAAGGUUCCUAGUGGAGUUAAUCCAGCUUAGCGAAGCACUCGGCGAGAAGGUUCUGGUUUUCAGCCAAUACAAAGAGCCAUUGUCCUUCAUUAGUGACCAAUUGAGAUUGACUUUCCAAUGGUCCUCCCAAGGAAAAGAGCUUCUACACAUGCAUGGGAGUCUCCAUCUGAGGGAAUGUCAGCAUUUGAUUGGGAAAUUCAACAACCCACAAAGCCAAGCAAGAGCAAUGUUAGCUUCGACUAAGGCUUGCUCUGAGGGCAUAAGUCUAGUUGAAUCAUCAAGAGCUGUCUUGCUUGACGUGGUUUGGAAUCCUUCAGUUGAGAGGCAAGCAAUCAGCCGCGCCUUCAGAAUUGGCCCGAAGAAGGUUAUGAGGAAGCUAAAGGAGGAGAUUUAUGUUGAGCAACUAGAAGGCUUUGUCACACUAGACCAGGAGGAGAAAGUUUAUUUGCUAAGAAAGGCUCUCUAUGGCUUGAGACAAGCUCCCAGAGCAUGGUACAGUAAGAUGGAUGAGCACUUGUUGGGCUUGGGUUUCAAGAAAAGCCUUAGUGAAUCCACUCUAUAUGUCAAGAAGUUAGUAUCUGACUUAAUGAUGGUGUCUCUUUAUAUGGAUGAUAUGCUAGUGACAGGGAGUAAUAAUGCUUAG